UCUAACCUACCAUGACCACCGAAGAAGAAGAAGAAUAAGAAGAAGAAGAAGAAGUUGAUCACGUGACAAAACAAAGGUUUUAGCUUUAGUCCCAGUUCUUCUCUUCACUCAAACCGGCACUAAAGCAGCAAACACGAUGAGGCUGGUGAUCCUGGACGACUACGAUCUGGCCAGUGAGUGGGCAGCAAAAUACAUCCGCAACAGAAUCAUCCAGUACAGACCCUCGGCUGAGAGAUACUUCACUCUGGGCUUACCUACAGGAAGUACUCCGUAUGGCUGCUACCAGAAGUUAAUUGAAUAUUACAGAAAUGGAGAUAUUUCCUUCAAACAUGUGAAAACCUUCAACAUGGAUGAAUACGUAGGUCUACCUCGUGCUCAUCCAGAGAGCUAUCACUCCUACAUGUGGAACAACUUCUUCAAGCACAUCGACAUUGAUCCAGCCAACGCUCACAUCCUGGAUGGAAACGCAGACGACCUGGAGGCAGAGUGUGAAGCCUACGAGCAGAAGAUCUCAGAGGCCGGAGGGAUCGAGCUGUUCGUCGGAGGUAUCGGCCCUGACGGCCACAUAGCGUUCAAUGAGCCCGGCUCCAGCCUCGUUUCCAGGACCAGAGUGAAAACCCUGGCCAAGGACACCAUCGUGGCCAACGCCAGAUUCUUUGGCAACGACCUCUCCAAGGUUCCCACCAUGGCUCUGACUGUGGGUGUAGGGACUGUGAUGGAUGCUAAGGAGGUGAUGAUUCUGAUCACCGGAGCUCACAAAGCCUUCGCUCUGUACAAAGCCAUAGAGGAGGGAGUGAACCACAUGUGGACCGUGUCGGCCUUCCAGCAGCAUCCACGCACCAUCUUUGUUUGUGACGAAGACGCCACGCUGGAGCUACGAGUCAAAACAGUCAAAUACUUCAAAGGUUUGAUGCAUGUGCAUAAUAAACUGGUGGACCCGGUGCUCAGCAUGAAGGAGCAGUGAGACAGAGAAGAUCACCUCUGAAGGGAGCGGACGACCGCCAAACAUCCAACAUGGAUAGACUGCCUUCUUCUGGUACUGUUCACAGACUGUUGGGAGGUGUUCAGGUCUUUAAUGGGGCGGUGUGCUGUGUUUAAAAUGUGGUCAAUCAAAGAAAGCUACACUUGUCUCUGGAGGAUUUUCCUCUGAAGCUCUUUUAUUUUGAAGGGAUGGUAUCGGUUUAAUAUUUGAAUCACUUCUUGAGGUCUCAGUUUUUAUAGACGGCGUACAGAAGAAGGUUAAUGAUGUUUGCUUUGUGAGAUAACUCCCGGCUGUCUGUGCUCUCAGUGGAUGAAACCUCAUACAUGUGAAGACGCUGGCUUCUGUCAAACCGUAUGAUCUGAUGUAGUUUACAUGUUUGUAUCGGGGGAAUGUGAAGGCCGGCUUCCCUCGCUGUUACACUUCAAGCUGCUUUACGAGUGCACAGUUCACUCCUGCAACGUUUGUAAUGUCGUGUCCUGUUUGAAGAGGGACGUCUGUGUUUGAACCUCAGACCUGCUUCUGAUUUUCCCUGUAGACUGCUUCGACCUGAUGGUCAGAGUGAGAGGAGCUGUGAAGGCAAAUUUCAGGGUUGCAUUAAAAGUUGAAUUAAUCAAAUGAAUCCAGAACUUUUGUACCUGUUAAUCCGAGUUUUAAUCUCACAGGCUCUCAGGUCUUAAUCCUCCUGGGGUGAGUGUAAACUAAGUCACGGCUGGACUACGCUACAACCGACUCUUUGACCCGAACUUAAACCGAGCCUGACUGAGACCUGGUCUUAUCACGCAGCUUCACAUAAACAUUUGAGGAGCCCUGCCAUGUAGCACACUUCUAUUCGCUCUCUUUUCCAAUGGAAACAUCUGCUGAGGGUGUGGAUAACAAAAAACACACACAGCAAAAAACAGAAACUCAGAGAGGUGUUUGCAGGACGAAUAAACGUCCUCUCUGUGAAACUGAACGCCAACACAAACAAACUGGAGAAACUGGCGAGGUCUGUUAUCAAAGCUGUCGUCAUAAAGCAGCCGAGUCAUCGACAGCGUUUAGGAGAGUCCCUCAUUUGAACUGAGCGCCACGUCUCUUAAAACCUGAGAGCGAUCAGGACCUGCAGGGCCGGGACAGCACCCUGUUUUUGAGGGGAGAGCUCUUUGAUGAAUCCAACAGACUACUUACUUUGUCCACAAGGGGGCGCCUCAAUCCAAAGAAAGUGAAACAGCCUCACAGUUGCCUUUAAUUACAUUUUUUGUUUGAUAUUUUAUGGGACAAAAAUAAUUUUUUUGUCUCCAUAAUCAUCAACUGAGUCCGAAAGGUAUUUUGUUUGACAAUUAAACUCAAACUCAACUUUAUUUAUAUAUCACCUUUCAUACAUAUAAACAUGCAGCCCAAAGUGCUUCACUAAAUAACAGAGAGACAGACAACAGCAAUGCUAAAAUUAAAAAAAGCCUUAUUAUAAAUAAAAUACUUACAAAUCAAUAAAAUCAAUAAAAUAAGUAAGAGUGGAAAGAAAUGUUCAAAUAAGGUAGUGUUGAUAAGAUCAGAUGAAUACAGGAAAUAAGGUAUAGAUAAAUAAUUAAAUAAAUGUUAAAGCAAUGAUUUCAAAUAAUAAUCAAAGUUCUCCACCUUUAUUUCCUGUAGUCCAGCCUGCAUCCAGCCCUCUGCAGGGAUGCUGGAUCAGAGUUAUCCUGAUCCUACUCUGAAGGUUUCGAUGACACAAAUGGAUUUCAGUCUAGAUACGAACCACGACUGGGUCACCUGAUGAACCUGAUUUCAUAAUCCUGUAGCCUUAGUUCAAGAUUUGAUUCAAUCUUCUGUCUGUAAUCUGAUCAGAUUACUUUACACGCCUGAGUAAGAACUUUGUGAAUGCUCGCUCUGAGACUUUCUGUCACACACGGCUCAACAAAGACCUUCACUGCUCAGCUGUUCAGUCGGGUUUGACAUGCGUUAGUAUUUGGAUUCAGGAUGUCUCUGUUCACAAAGUGUCAGUAUCUUUAUUUUAACAAUGCAAAGCUGUGACCACAUUCCUUCUCUUCUUCUCCUCUGAAGUCACUCCUCCUGUUCGUCAGGCUGUUACACUUCUUUCCUCUUGCUCCUGUUUUUGCACAUGAACUCGUUUUUAACUCUUUGUUUUGUUACAACAAUAAAAGUUUGCUACGACCCGUC